GCUGGGAUCAGUGCGUGCGAAAAGGGCGGGCAGUGGCAGCCGGCGCUGGCACUGCUGAGCGAGAUGUGGGAGGCGAAGCUGGAGCCCAACGUCAUCAGCUACAGCGCUGGGAUCAGCGCGUGCAAGAAGGGCGGGCAGUGGCAGCCGGCGCUAGCGCUGUUGAGCGAGAUGGGGGAGGCGAAGGUGGAGCCCGACGUCAUCACCUACAGCGCUGGGAUCAGCGCGUGCAAGAAGGGCGGGCAAUGGCAGCCGGCGCUAGCGCUGUUGAGCGAGAUGUGGGAGGUGAAGUUGGAGCCCAACUCAGCUACAAUGCUGGGAUCAGCGCGUGCGAAAAGGGACAGCAGUGGCAGCGAGCUCUGGCGCUGCUGAGCGAGAUGUGUGAGGCGAAGGUGGAUCCCAACGUCAUCUGCACAGUACUACAAUUCUGUCCGCGGCGCGUGCGCUGCGAAAGUAGCGAGCUGCUCGAAUCGCGCUGGAGCGCCCCGGAGCGCCCAGAUCGCCCUCAAGGCCCUUGGGGCGCUCCACAGGGGCGCUCCAGAGGGUCCCUAGAUGGCUCUGAGACGGCCUCAGACAGCUCCAAGACAAUUCUGCGGCGCUUGGGAGGGCGCCAGGACGCUACAGCGCUGGCAUCAGCGCGUGCGCGACGGGCGAGCAGUGGCAGCGGGCUCUGGCGCUGCUGAGCGAGAUGUGGGAGACCAUGAAGGGCGAGCAGUGGCAGCGGGCGCUGGCGCUGCUGAGCGAGAUGUGGGAGGCGAGGGUGGAGGCCAACACCAUCAGCUACAAUGCUGGGAUCAGCGCGUGUGAGAAGGGCGAGCAGUGGCAGCGGGCGCUGGCGCUACUGAGCGAGAUGUGGGCGGCGAAGGUGGAGCCCAGCGUCUCAGCUACGAUGCUGGAAUCAGCGCGUGCGAGAAGGGCAAGCAAUGGCAACGGGCGAUGGCGCUGCUGGGAGAGAUGUGGGAGGCGAAGGUGGAGGCCAACUCAUCAGCUUCAGCGCUGUGAUCAGCGCGUGCGAGAAAUGCGAGCAGUGGCAGCGAGCGCUGGCGCUGCUCAGCGAGAUGUGGGAGGCGAAGGUGAAGCCCAACGUCAUCAGCUACAGCGCUGGGAUCAGCGCGAGCGAGAAGGGCAGGCAGUGGCAGCUGGCGUUGGGGCUGCUCAGCGAGAUGAAAGAGGCGAAGCUGGAGCCGAAUUCAGCUACAAUACUGGGAUCAGCGCGUGCGAGAAGGGCCGGCAGUGGCAGCGGGCGCUUGCGCUGCUGAGCGAAAUGUGGGAGGCGAGGGUGGAGCGCAGCAUCGUCAGCUACGGGUCUGGCAUCAGCGCGUGCGGGAACGGCGAGCAGUGGCGGCAGGCGCUGGCGCUGCUGAGCGAGGUAUGGGAGGCGAGGGUGGGCCUCGACGUCUCAGCUGCAGCACUGGGAUCAGCGCGUGCGAGAAGGGCGAGCAGUGGCAGCGGGCGCUUGCGCUUCUGAGCAAGAUGUGGGAGGCGAAGGUGGAGCCCAACCCCUAUCAGCUACAAUGCUGUGAUCAGCGCGUGCGAGAAGGGCGAGCAGUGGCAGCGGGC